AUGGAUGCUAUACGAGAGUCCAUUUCACUUGAUUCCUUGUUUACCAGAGUCGAAUUUCAGUUCGGACAAGCCCUUGAGGGUCAUGUUUGUGGAUCGCCACAGCUGGUCUCACGCCAUCAACAUACCGCUAAUUCACUUCUUGAUGUGAUUUCGGAUCGACAGCCGAAAACUGUAACGUCAGCCGAUGAGAAUAGUGUUACAUUCCUCGAUUUGCCCAGAGAGGUUCGUCUUUGA